AUGGCAAGGCCCCUUGCCGCUAGAGACCGCAGCCCGCUACUCCGCUACGGCUCCGGUAGAGAAUUGGGUGCCGGGGCGCUGCACUUCAUCUCCAAGGAUGGACUGCUCCCGAUGGCGUUGCUGCCAUCUAAGUUCGCAGUGGACUACUCAUAUCGCGCACACGGCGUUCGCAAAGGAUGGCUCCAACCAGAUGAAUACGUCGCGUUUUCCGAGCAGGCCUACGGUGUAGAGGUUCUCAAGCUUUGCACUGGUGAUGCGGACUCGCAGCAGCAAAAGGAUUGCCGUGUCGCCGGAGACGAGAUGUGGAUGAACUCGACUGAGGGUGGGGAGGUGCCUGAACUCUACUACCUGCAAAAUGGGCUCAAAGAGUCCAUAUUCCCCCAGUCGGUGUGCAAGUACUACACGGAUGAUGGCAACGAUACACUUUGCCCCGGCCUUGAGGCUGCGCAAGCCGCUGGCAACCCCCUCAAGUUUGAACUAUCAAGUAUGGCGACGAAGUACGAGGACAUGUCGGUGCGGGAGCACCUCGUCCGCAAGAAUCAGGCGAUGCCUCUCUCCACUCCAAUUGCGAUGGUCACACAUUACUACCCGUGCAUUGGGGAGUUCGCUAAUGAUCGUCACUGCCAGCCCGAGACGUGCACGUUGUGCCCUGGAGACAUGGCCACGACAACGUGCUGCAUUCCUUUGAAGGGAGGACGGAACCGAAACAUGGAAGGAGAGUUCUUCAGCCACCGUGGCAUGUCAAUCGAGGGUGGUCACGCUAUGCUUCUUGUAGGCUACAACGACGCCUUUUUGACCCGUGAAGGCUUCACUGGCGGGCUUAUCGUCAAAAACUCGUGGGCCGAUGGACCCACCCAGGGCAGUCACUCGCUCGCAUACUGGAUGCAGGAGGUUUCGGACUGGGAAGAACGCUCCGUGUGUCCUAACAGCUACAAUCCGUUCAACUGGUACCAAUGUGGAAACGAGGGGAUUUCGCAGGGAAACGAGACCCACGAGUAUAAUGAAGGAGUCGAAGACUGCCUCUCUGAGGAGACAAAGCUGUUUGCAGACGUCAACAUUCAGCCACUGCACCUCAAGUGCAAGGACCCGGAAUUGUGCCGCACGGACGGAGACUUUACCUACUUUGUCCGCAACACGACCGACUGGGGCGACCGCAUGACCGUCAUGUGUCUGUGGGAGUACUCGGCGGAGCUUCACCUGUCGCGUGAGAUCUGCCUCCCACCCAUGUUGGAGGUGUACAUCGCACUCACGCUGGGACCGGUUGAAGAGGAGGUGAAGGAGAACGACACAGACCGGUGCGGAUUCUACUUCAUCCCGUACGUGGCGCUGCGACAGUGGAUCGCCCAGUUUCAGGGCUUCUUCGUCAACAGCUUUGACAUCCAGUGGGACCCGCAAUCGUACGCUGCCAACAAGGAUCUGCAUCCGGAGCUGGACUACUCGCUGCUCGAGGCGUCCACCAAGAGACAGAACCACAGCGAGUUUUUGGGGCCAUUCCCGUACGCUAAGAUCGUUGAACGGUUCCAGUAG